UCAGCAGUGCCUCAGACAAGGAAGUGUGUGGAUUUUCUCUGUCAGACAAACAACGUGAAUCUAUAGAAGCGAUUCCUAAAAAGAAAUUGAGGAGAAAUGCUUUUCAGCAUCCUCUGUGUUAUAUAUUGUGUAUUUAUUUUAAAGUCUGAUCCUUAAGGUUCAAAGGCAGCUCUGGAAGCUCAAAAUGAAGCCUCUGAAGCUCUUCAUCCACUCCGAUCAAGAGUCUCUUCCGAUUCUGCAGGCCAAGGAGAAGGACACGCCUUCCUAUGGCACCAGCAACAGGAAAGACUUACCAGAGAAAUGCGACCAGGCGAGGCAGCUCAAAUACCCAACGGCAGUGUAUCUUGUUUUAGGAUCAAAAUUCUUCGAGUCUUUCGCUGCAAAUGGAGUCAGAAGUAUCUUGGCGCUUUAUCUCAGGGAUUCAAUGAAUCUCUCCGAGAGCCUUUCGACGACUGUCCUUCACAUCUUCAAUUUCUUUAGCCAAUUCUGCCCCAUAUUCGGCGCCAUUCUGGCUGAUAGUUACUUCGGGAAUGCCAAGACCAUCUUCUAUUUCCUGAUAUUCUACGCCUUCGGCUUCGUGGGCAUCAUCUUCGCCACGCUGCCAUUCAUCAAAGUUUCAUUGGAGAUCAUAUCUUUCAUUUCUCUCUUCCUGAUUUCCGUUGGCAAUGGCAAUAUUCGAGCAUGCAUCACGAGCUUGGCGGCCAUUCAGUUUAAGCUUCCUGAACAGAAGUCAUCGCUGCAGAAGUACUUCUCUCACUACUACUUCGUCUACACGAUGGGCAUCCUCCUCAGCAAGAUCAUAACUCCGUCCAUCAGAGGACUUAGUGGAAACUGCUACGCUAUGGUUUUUGGCUUCCUGGCCGUUCUUUUCCUUGGAUGUUGGAUCACCUUCCUGAUAGGAAUGUUCUUCUAUAAGAAAGAGGAGGUAAAUCGACAGAACAUCCUUGUUCAGGUUGUGGGAUGCAUAUGGUAUGCGCUGUGGAAGUACAUUAAGAAGGAGAAUGUUAAUGCUAAUUGGCUAGACAGCUCUAUUGGUCGCUACUCUGAGGAAUUCGUCAGGGAUGUUCGGGCUUUUCUCAGAGUCCUGCGACUGUAUCUUCCUCUGCCCAUCUAUUGGGCUUUGCUGGCACAGCAAGAUUCCAGUUGGACGUUUCAGGCAACCAAACUAGACACCACGCUCUUCGGCUGGCGCCUGGAACCUGACCAGGUUAAAGCUAUGGGACCCCUGCUCCUCCUCCUGAUGAUCCCCUUCUGGCAGAACAUCGUAGUGCCCUUGAUACGCCGCACAACAGGAUGUCAGAUCUCUCCUCUAUUCAGUGUGGCUCUGGGUGGAGUCGCAGCUGCACUGUCCUUCAUCUGCUCAGGAAUCCUAGAGGUGCAAAUCAACAAAUCCGCCCCUUUGAGCAUCUCCUUCGCAUGGCAAAUCCCUCAAUUCUUCCUCCUAAUGAUGGGCGAAGUGCUCCUCUCCAUUCCUGGCUUACAGUUCAGCUUCACCCAAGCACCGGCAACCAUGAAGUCUGUCCUCACGGCGUCGUGGUUCGUCAACAAUGCCAUCGGCAAUCUCAUCGUGGUUCUUAUCACUGAACUCAAGCUGACGUCCAGCCAGAGCUGUGAGUACUUCCUCUACUCCUUCCUCAUGAUCUGCGGUAUCACGUGCUUCACAUUCAUGGCCGGAAAUUACGACACACCGGCUCAAGUGUCUCCGGACCCGCCGCCGGAGAAGUACAUCAUCCUCACGGCGGAUAAGGAUAAGACCGCCUCAGUGUGAUUCUCCACCCAGUGUAUACUCUAGUUUAGUUCCAAUAAAUCACGUAUUUAUUUAGGCUA